ACAUUUUCUGUACGAUUCGCCCGCCGACUGACAAGCUCGCCAAGACGGGAUUGUCCUUGAAGAUGAAGCCGAUCGUGUUGCUGCUGAAGGGAAAGCCACCUGCCGAUCUUCUGCCAGAAAACUCCGCGAUCCCGCGUUCAAUUGAUCUUUCGCGCUGUUCGGAUACAUUGACAGAACCUCACUCAUCCACCGACUCGGCUUCCCGGCUAACGCGUAUGGCCUCCUUGACUGAAGAAAAUCAUGGCUAUUCGAGGGAAACAAUCGAGUGAUAGACAUACAAUUGUUAGGCAGGCCAGAUUCUCUCAACGCUCCAGAAUUGGAUAAGGAGAUAGCCUCUUAUCAGCGAGCGGAGCUCUUCUCCCAUGAUUCAUAAACACCCGAC